AUGGACAGCCAUGCUGCUGCCAAGUGUCCGGAGAAAGCAGGGGCGAUGCGAAUGACGUCACCUUGUCACUUUGCGCCACUAGUGAGGCGCUUGACCCAUCUUCUUGCAUGGUGCUCCGUGGCAUCGGCGGCGGCAGCGCUCGGCCGCGAUGCGCACAAUUGCGAGGUGGCCAAUUGUGAAGAGGAUUCCGCCCUGCUUCAGUUGACAUCUCAUAAUCGUGCAAGUCCGACUCUUGAACAGGGUCCAAUGCGCUCAAAUGCGGAGCUUUGGGCAACCUAUUCGGGACUGGACUUUAUGCUGAAUCAAUCCAAGGAUUUUGUGGCCCACAAGAUAGUCCAAGCCCCCCUGAUGGCAGGGCAGACUGUCAGUGCUGGCUUCGGAAUCAGCCUCCAGAUUGGCCACCUCAUUGCGACGACAGUGCCGGCGAUCCAAUUCAUAUCGCCAGUUUGGACAGAAGCUGGUGUGCGAGUGAGUGUUGAAGUCACAGGACUUCAAGCCAAAGCAGACCUAAAGGUUUCUUCUCCUGAAUCAGAGGGCGAGCUUCUUGUCAAUAUCGAUGGGCUUUUCGAGGGGAACUAUAACAUCGCUGUGGUGGACGAGCGGAUCACAGUUGGGGUUGGUAGCCUGGUCACCCGAAAUUUACAUGUUCAGCCGAAGCUCGAGUUGUCUUGUGUGAGUCCUGGCUUUUGGAGUUCGGUGCCGUGCGCCGCGAUUAGCGCACUGAAUGGAAAUGUUCCUGGUUGGCUUGUGGACACUAUUCUAUUCUUUACGAGGUCGCAUGUGGAAGAACUGCUCCAAAAUAUCAUUGAGCAGAAGCUUGAUGCAAAUCUGCGAAGCCUUCCAGACAAGUUGCAAGUUUUUUCUUCCAACGCAACUAAUGUGCAGCUGGCAUUCACCCCUUUGGGCAUACUUCAGUCUUAUGACCUCAAAGCAGCAUCGUAUCAUGUUCUUGCAGAGGGCGUUCCACAGUCAGAUGAAGAGUUUCCUGUACCAGGGCUUUUGCUUCAGAACCAUUCUACAACGUCGAUGUUUGCCAUGGCGUUCAGCAGCAGCGUUCCGAACAGUCUGUUUGCCGUUCUGCAUGAUUCUGGCGUGCUCAGCCACACAAUCUUCCCGCAGGAUCUGCCUAACAAUAGCAUGUUUGGCCUGGAUACAUUUAGCCUGGAGCUUGCAUUUUAUUGCCCUUGGUUAAAAACAGUGUAUGCCUUUGAGUGCCCAUUUUGGCAGCCCUGUCCAGUGUCGGCGACCAUUCAGACUUCUGCACGGCCAGUUAUUGAUCUGUCUGAUGGCUUGAGCCUAACCAUUCCUCUCUCGGUGGAUUUCCAUCUGCUGAAAGAAGCUUCAGAACCAACGUUUCUAUGGCGGCUGAACACAACAGCUACUGGAACUCUGCAGCCAUCCAUGGUGCAUUUGGGCCCAUGCGACCAGCUACUCAAAGCCACCCUCGAAGAACUGCAUACCAGCUGGUUCGAGGUUACAAAAUCCAAGGAUGACUCUUGGGUAGCGACAGCUCUCUCCAUCAACCUUUUCUUGCCCAUGCUGAUCAAUGGACCAUUGCUGGAUCAGAUUAAUGCUCACCUGGACGAAGGCAUUCCCCUCAAGCCUAUUGCCUUCGGUGGGUCUCGUUACGCGUUGUCAAACUCGUCCGUCAACGCAUCGUCGGGCAGAUUUAUUUUGUCCAGCAAUGUCUGGCUUGCCGACAGCUGCCCUUGA